AUCGGACCUGUCAUCACUUCCUCUACACGUCGAACUUUGUCAAAAUUAAGAGAAAUUUGUGCAGAACUGGAUGAAAAACCAAUUACAAUCGCUCCUGGUGCAGUUGUUUGCAAAGAAGCAUCUUUACAUGGUACAAUUACCAUUGGAUCAGGCACAAUUGUUCAUCCGACUGCUGUUAUUCGAGCAACUAAUGGCCCAAUUGUAAUUGGUGAAAAUAAUAAUGUUGAAGAGACUGCAGUAAUUGAAAAUUUGUGCGCAAAUGGUGAAACUUUAUAUAUUGGACGUGAUAACGUUUUUGAAAUCGAAUCAGUGAUGCAAGCUUCACGUGUUGGUGAUAAUAAUAUUUUUGGUGUUAGAAGUCGAGUAGGGCCAAAUACGAUAGUGACAAAUGGUUGUUUCAUUGGAACAAAAUGUAGUGCAGUAAUGACUGAAACCCUGCCUGAAAAUAUGGUCAUAUAUGGAGAAACAAAUAUUCGUAGAAUUGCAUCUGAUCCACCUCAAGUCCUCUUUUCAUAUUUGCGCAUUUAA